ACUUAAUAAUUGGUAGUUGUUAUCCUUUGGAAUAAUUAAUUUCAUAAGACAGCUGUUUGGUAAGAUGUACAAGUAGAUUUACUUUCACACACAGUAAAGCCAGUUAACUCCCUGCCUAGUGGAAGCAAGAGGCAAGGGUGGGGUAGAGUAUCAGAAUUAUUUGGCAAGGUUUUUCAUGCUGCACGUAGAGCCCCGCCUCCUUAAAUCAUUUCCAAGUGACCUACCAUCACCACUGGGACUGGACCAUCGCUCUUUGGUGCUGGGGCAGAAAGAUGACAAAUCUACUGACUGAAGCAUUUGAGUCUUUCUCUGGUAACUCGGACGUAGUAAGUGCUUUGAGCCAAAGCCUGGAAGUCUGUCCUGCCUGCUUCUGUAAUCUGGCGCUAUGCAUCCAGAUCCUCGGCCCUUACAGACACUGCUGUAUGUUGUUACUCUUGCGAUUCUGUGUCCUUCCGUGAAUUCAGACUUGGCACCGUCUUUUAUUUCUGAGCCACUGUCCGCUGUCCAGAGACUUGGUGGACCCGUAGUACUCCAUUGUUCUGCUAAGCCUGUGACCGCUCAUAUCUCAUGGUUGCAUAAUGGAAAAAGACUGGAUAGAAGCAUGGAACAGAUUAAGAUGCAUCAGGGGACUUUGACUAUUCCGUCCCUUAAUCCCUCCCUUUCGGGUUCCUACCAGUGCGUUGCCAACAAUAGCAUCGGGGCAAUUGUGAGCGGCCCUGCAACAGUAUCUACUGCUGUUCUUGGUGAUUUUGGUUCACCAACAAAGCAGGUUAUUACAGCGGAAGAAAAGAGUACCGGUUUCAUUGGCUGCAAAGUACCAGAUAGUAACCCCAAGGCUGAGGUGCGCUAUAAAAUCCGGGGAAAGUGGCUGAAACAUUCCACAGAGAAGUACUUAAUCCUUCCAUCAGGGAAUCUUCAGAUUCUGAAUGUAUCUUCAGAGGACAAGGGAUCAUAUAAGUGUGCAGCUUUUAAUCCUGUCACUCAUGAAUUAAAAGUUGAAUCCAUUGGCCGAAAGCUUCUUGUCAGUCGCCCUUCUUCCGACGAUUUCCACAUUCUUCACCCCACCUUUUCACAGGCACUAGCUGUGCUUUCUCAUAGCCCCGUCACCCUGGAGUGUGUGGUGAGUGGGGUCCCACUUUCUCAAGUGCACUGGCUGAAGGAUGGUCAGGACGCUGUGCCGGGAAGCAACUGGCGAAGGUUGCAUUCCCAUCUUGCCACAGACAGCAUUGACCCGGUGGACUCUGGAAACUAUUCUUGUAUAGUGGGAAACAAGUCUGGAGACGUAAAACAUGUGACUUACAUGGUUAAUGUGCUUGAAAAUGCUUCAAUUUCUAAAGGACUACAGGAUCAGACAGUCUCUCUGGGUGCCACAGUACAAUUUACUUGUGAGAUUCAUGGGAACCCAACUCCAAACCGUACCUGGUUUCAUAACGCACAACCUGUUCAUCCUUCCCCACGACAUCUAACUGUAGGACACAGACUGAAAAUCAGUGGUGUUACCAUGGAAGAUUCUGGGCUGUAUCAGUGUGUAGCAGAUAAUGGGAUUGGAUUCAUACAGUCUACUGGGAGACUUGAAAUUGAAAAAGGCAGUGGACUCAAGCCAGUUAUAAUUACAGCACCAGCAAGUACAAAGGUGGUAGAUGGAGACUUUGUUACUCUGUCCUGCAAUGCCACUGGCGUGCCAGUCCCAGUCAUGCGUUGGUAUGACAGGCACGGGUUGAUAACCAGCCAUCCGUCUCAAGUGCUCAGAUCAAAAUCCCGGAAAUCACACUUACGACCUGGGGGCUAUGACCUGGAGCCUGUCUACUUCAUCAUGUCCCGAGCUGGCUCAAGCUCUCUGUAUAUUCAGGCCAUCACUCAGGAGCAUGCUGGGAAAUACAUCUGCGAAGCCGCAAAUGAACAUGGUGCCACACAGUCGGAGGCAGUCCUCACAGUUGUUCCUUUUGAAACAAAUACAAAAGCAGAAACAGUUACACCUUCCAAUCCCACUCAGAAUGAUAAAAGAGAUGGUUCAGAAGCUGGAUUAUUGAGCUCAUUUCCAGGGAAGAAACACUCCAGCGCAGUGGAAUCAUCGCCAGAGAAAAACACUAGUGGUGCCUCUGUCCCUGAUGCCCCCAUCAUUCUGAGCCCUCCGCAGACCUACACAUCUGAUACGUACAACCUGGUCUGGAGGGCGGGGAAGGAUGGCGGGCUGCCCAUCAAUGCCUAUUUUGUGAAGUAUCGAAAGCUAGAUGACGGCGUUGGCCUGGUGGGAAGCUGGCACACAGUUCGAGUCCCGGGAAGUGAGAAUGAGCUCCAUCUGACAGAACUGGAGCCAUCUAGUCUCUAUGAAGUUUUGAUGGUGGCAAGGAGCGCAGCAGGUGAAGGGCAGCCCGCCAUGCUUACCUUCCGAACCAGCAAAGAGAAAACAACCUCAUCAAAAAACACCCAGGCGUCCUCUCCACCCAUGGGCAUCCCUAGGCGUCCUGUUGUUUCGGAGGCUGCGGACAACUUUGGGGUGGUACUUACAGAUUCCUCUAGGCAUAGUGGAGUUCCAGAGGCACCUGAUCGGCCUACCAUCUCUACGGCAUCAGAGACGUCCGUCUAUGUCACUUGGAUUCCUCGGGCCAAUGGGGGUUCUCCAAUCACUGCCUUCAAGGUCGAGUACAAACGGAUGAGGACUAGUGAUUGGCUGGUGGCAGCUGAAGAUAUCCCUCCUUCCAAACUUUCUGUGGAAGUUCGUAGCUUAGAGCCAGGUUCAACAUACAAAUUUAGGGUUAUUGCCAUCAACCAUUAUGGUGAGAGUUUUCGGAGUUCGGCAUCUCGUCCUUAUCAGGUGGCUGGGUUCCCCAAUCGUUUCUCUAACCGUCCAAUAACUGGACCCCACAUUGCAUACACUGAAGCUGUCAGUGAUACGCAGAUCAUGCUGAAGUGGACGUACAUUCCAUCAAGUAACAAUAAUACUCCCAUUCAAGGAUUUUAUAUCUACUACCGGCCAACAGAUAGUGACAAUGACAGUGAUUACAAGAGGGAUGUUGUAGAAGGUUCAAAGCAGUGGCACAUGAUUGGCCAUCUGCAGCCAGAAACCUCCUACGAUAUUAAAAUGCAGUGCUUCAACGAAGGGGGAGAAAGCGAGUUUAGUAACGUGAUGAUCUGUGAAACUAAAGUGAAACGUCUUCCUGGAGCUUCUGAGUAUCCUGUCAAAGACUUGAGUACCCCUCCAAAUUCCCCAGGAGGUGGACGAAACGUUGGGCCUGCAACCAGCCCCACCAGAAGCAGCGAUAUGUUGUAUCUGAUAGUUGGCUGCGUGCUGGGUGUCAUGGUCCUCAUUCUCAUGGCUUUCAUCGCAAUGUGCCUGUGGAAGAACCGCCAGCAAAGCACCAUACAGAAAUAUGACCCUCCAGGAUAUCUCUACCAAGGGUCAGAUAUUAAUGGGCAGAUGGUGGAAUACACUACUCUGCCUGGCACAAAUCGGAUAAAUGGGAAUGUUCAUGGAAGCUUCAUAAGUAAUGGAGGUCUCAGCAAUGGCUGCUCCCAUGUUCACCAUAAGAUCUCUAAUGGAGUCAAUGGAGUCAUGAAUGGGAACUUAAAUGGAGGGCUUUACGCGGGACACACAAGCUCACUAACCAGGACGCAUGUGAAUUUUGAACAUCGUCAUCACCUAGUAAAUGGUGGUGGGAGGUACACAGCAGUACCUCAGUCGGACCCGCUGGAGCGCGUUAGCUGUCGAAAUUGUCGGAACAACAAUAGGUGUUUCACCAAAACCAGCAGCACUUUCAGCAGCAGCCCCCUUCCUGUGGUCCCAGUGGUAGCACCUUAUCCUCACGAUGGCUUGGAAAUGAAGCCCCUCAGUCACAUGAAGGUGCCCGUAUGUCUGGCUUCCACAGCCCCCGACUGUAGCCAGUCACCUGAGGAGAGCUUCAAAGAUGACACGGCACCAAGACCUGCUCAGCAUACUUGCUGUCAGGACAAUAGAAAUGACAUCGACAUUGAGUGCACAGAAGAUACAGCAGAGUUCAGCAGAGGGGACAGCUGUGUCCAUUCAGAAACAGAGAACAAAAUUUUAAGUUGGAAUCCUCUUAUUUUGCCACAUGGGUCAAAGGACUGUACUGAAAAGACAGCGUGGUCUCCUCCCGGCAUUCCUCUAGACAGCCCUUCAGGGGUCCUUCAGCAACCCCAAGAAACCUGAGGAUGUGCACACGACUGGUCAUGCUCCCACUUCAAGCCAGUACCUGCACAAAACAGGUCUGGGGAUGGACUGUGUGAAGGACGUUCAUUCAAAUCAGAGAAAAUCGUUAUUUAUUUUUUGUAGUAGUAAUGUCAUAUGAAUGUAUCUUAAACUGUGUGCCCUUUUUUAUUAUUUAUGCCUUAACAAUUCCUAUUCCUCCCUCCCCCUCAGUAGGAAACCUAGUUUUGCGUAGUUUUCAAUCAUCUGAGAGCGGUGGUAUCAUUCCAUGUUUCCGAGAACCUCAGUGACCAGAAGAGCUCCUCCUGCAAGGAUCCAGCCUCUUGGCCGAGAAGGCUUGAGAGGGAACUGAUCUGGCUGUUCGGAAGUUUUCAGAUGGAAAGCUGGCUUUUGAUACUAUGUUUAUUAGUAUUGAGAACAUUUGAAAUCACCCUCAGCCGUCACCUAGUGUUUAUAAUAGCAGGUCUCUUUUUAAUUUUAGGAGUGCCUUCCACAGAAGUGAUAGGGGACCUGUUGACUGUCUACACAUGGGCACAAAUUAUGUUCCGUUUUCUAGACACUAGUCACACGGUGUCAUGAACAUGGUUUGAGGUUAAGGUCUGUGGGGUUAUUGCAUGUUGCAGAGAGGGAACCAGGGCCGGAGAGAAAAAUGAAUGUCCUCAGGUCCCACUACCUUAAAAUCGGAUUGGUUUAUAAAAUCAUCACUGUGGGGCUCUUUUUGACGGUUCUGAGAGUAGGAACAACAUAAGUUUAAAGUGGCGACUUGAAAAGAAAGGCCCACAUUGUGCUCCCGGUGUCAUGCCACCCGAAAAUUAUUAUUUUCCAGCUUCCAACAUGGGCAAUGCUUGGAAGACGUGAAUGUCAGAAAAGAUUUAAUUUGGAGGGAAAGGGGUAUGGUCUGAAAUUUCCUGACUUUUUUCAGAAUGUCGUCAUUGUAAACAGGCACCUGAAGCUUCGGUUAGCAGAGCUCGUAAAUCACAGUUACUGCUCCCUCUGAGUGACGAGGACAUUUGCAGCUGCCUUUGGAAGGCUUUUCUUCUCCACAUCUAAAAAAAAAGAAACAAAAGCUCACAAAAAAACACUACUACUAUUUAAUAGCUAUUUUAAUAGCUUUUGAGUCAAGCUUUAAUGGAUCACUGCUUAUUUUUGGAUUGUGCAUCCCUUGGGGGAGAAAAAAACAAAUGAUUCUCUUUAUGUAGAGUCAAACAGUUUCAGCAUAAAUGAAAAAAGCUUCUUUCCCAAAAAUUGCAGUGAAAUAGACUAGAAUACUAUGUUAAUCAACUGUUUAUGUAAAUGCGUCAAUAUUCCCUUACAGAUGUCUAUAUAUUUUAUAAAUAGAGCUGUUAGCGAAAUAACGCUGUUUGAGCUGGGUCACUAUGCGAGAAUGUCUUCGAGUGGAAUGUAGUGAAUAUAAUUUCAGGGUCCGGUAUUAGGGGUGCUGUAGAAUCAAAUUCUGCAUUCCAGAUGUCCAUACCUAUAGUAUGCUGGAUUUAUGCUUCGUGUGGUGUAGAUACAAUUGGCUUUGGAGGGGGAUAUCUGCAUCCCUUCUGUGAUUAGCAAAGGACGGAGUCCUAGUGCACAGAAUAUGAAAACAUGCCCUGUGUUUGCCAACCAACUCACAGCCAUGCGGUCACAAAGGGAGUUUGAGAAGACUGGGAGUAAAUGUUCGCAGGCAGUCAUUUUGAUUCAGGAAACAGAGGUAUAUUAGCAUGAGCCUUAGGUCAUAAACUGCUUUUAAAGAUUGAGUUUGAAUAUGGGAUUUGUCCACCCGGUAGAGGAGACAACUUUUACCUUUAGGGCAAACUCAUUGUGGACUUGCUUUAUUUAUAUUAUUAGUAACGCUGUUUUAAGUGUUAUCCCUUUUAUUGUAUUUUAUUUAUAAAAAAAAAUGCCUUUAUAUAUUGAGACAUAAAUAUAAAUAUAUAAAUAUAUAUAUAUAUAUAUAUAUAUACAGUUGCCUUACUGUUCAGGAGUUCUGCAUUCUCCCUGACCUUGAGUUAUUCUGAACUUGUAUGACCUGCACAGUCAACCAGCAACCGUCCUGCCUGCUGUCGCUUCCCCGGGAAGUCCGAGGACAUAGCACAGGGUGGGAGAUGGCCCUAGCAUUUGUGGAGUAGCUGCGGUGGACCAGGCACCGUGCUCAGUGCUGGCCUCUGCUAUCUCGUUAACCCUCACAGCAAAUCUGCAACAUAGCCAGUCACCCACCACAGAGCCUGAACUUUAGCCCAAUUUAUCUGGAGCCAUAAUCUGGGCUCCUUCCAUUUUUUUCCAUACCGCUUUCCAAAAGCAUGUGGUUCCCUCUUUCGAUGGAACCGGUCCAGUUCUGUAUGCUCUCCUCCCCUGCCGCAUGGUGCCUCCGAUGCCCUGACCCCACAGCCUGAGAAGCUGUGCUCGGUCCUGCAGGGGCAGAGCUGCGUGCUCUGGGUCUUUCCAGAGUCCCCGUUUCCCCCCAGGACACCCCUCACCUCUUCCUACCAGGGAAUGUGAUCUUCCCUCGGCUUAGUGAGCACGUCACUGGUCAGGCCUCUUCAUGUGCCUUCUCGUCUUAGAAUUCUCUGUGGUUCUUUGUUUUAGCAUCAAACUUCCCCCGCUCCUGUCCUAUCGGUUCACUAUCUCCUUUUUUUCCAUCACGUACCGAUAGUCUGGUGAUGGGUGCCGUACAGGAUGUAAGCGAAAUUGCAAUGUUUUCAGCCUUUUGAAGUGGUCUUUUGGGAAAGCAUUUCUGGGUUGUGUUUAUGUUGAGUGAGUCUGUGAACACCAAUACGUCUGUAUCAGGCCGACCGUGUCGCAACGAUCAUUCCAGAUACAGUACUGCAAAGAGCUUAAUUUCAGAACUGAAUUUCACCUGUGUUGCCCUUUUACAGCAAUGACUUUGAGAUGCAUGUCUUUGUAUCAUAUUGAAAAGUGUGUUUUUAUUUUCCUUCAAGUUGUAAUAUUCUGUUUGGAACUGUACAUAUUUUAAGUGAUGUAGCUUUGACAGGUUUUAUCUGGUUGAUACGACUUUAUAUUAAAAGGGAAUGCUGCUUUCCUGUAGAGUAGCACGUGAAAAUGGGGAUCCUGAGAUACUCCCUGUUUGUAUAAAGCUGCUUAGAGCUUGUGAUGGGGGUGGGUGGGUGUAUGUCUUACUCUGAAAUUCUUUGGAACCUCCAUCCCUGUCCUCCCCUGAAAAUCCCUGUGCGCGCCCCAGAGUCAAGCGAGUUAAUCCCGCCUGUUCUGACCGAAGAGAUCCAGGCCCUGAAGGAACAGGAUCUAGGACAACAAGAGUUUUAUGGGGAGGCUGGGAAAAUGCCUGAGCCAAAGAGCUGUGUGGAAGGAGGCAGACCGCCUGCGGGGGUUGGGGGGAAACUCAGUAUCUCUUUGGAAGGAAGACAGGAGGGAGGGAGAGGAACGCGGGGAGGAGAGUGGUCUGUGUUUACCAUUAACUUGGAGCUACAUCGGUGUGAACUCCUGGGUAGACAGCUCGCCUCCUCAAGGCGCAGCCCUAACAAGUCAAAGUGUCUGGGCUGUGGUGACCGGAGAGCCAGAGGGUCUUUGGCAUGGGGUGGGGCCUUGUUCUGGUUUAUUCCCCAUGUUGAAAUAAGCCUUCUUUAAACCUUAGCUCCAGUCCUGAGAGCCUUGAGAGAACUUGAAAUCCCUUUUCUAAUAAAGUCUAAGUCUGUGAGAACCUGAGAAGCAA